GGAAGUACUUGGGGGGUUCCAGACUUUCUAGUGGGUUUCAGAAUUGUGCAAGUGUACCCACAUCCCAGAAAUGGGGAGGACACCCUGUCGUGAGAAAACUGGACUGAAGAAAGGGGCAUGGACUCCAGAAGAAGAUAAGAAAUUGGUAGCUUAUAUUACCAGAUAUGGCCAUUGGAACUGGCGUGAGCUUCCGAAAUUCGCCGGUCUAUCAAGAUGUGGAAAGAGUUGCAGACUCCGAUGGAUGAAUUACCUGCGGCCGAAUAUCAAAAUAGGGAACUUCAGUAGAGAAGAAGAAGAAAUCAUCAUCAACAUGCAUCAAGCUCUAGGGAACAAAUGGGCAACAAUUGCAGCAAAAUUACCAGGUAGGACUGACAAUGAAAUCAAGAACCACUGGCACACCAACCUCAGAAGAAAAUGUUUGAAACAAAAUCUGAAGUUACCAGAAUCAAAACCAGAUACCUCCAGUAAACAAAAAUUAGAGUUCAAUACUUUGCUCCCAAGUGCUCAAUCAGUUCAAACUUUGGAAAGCUCAUCACCCUUGUCUCCAGGACCAUCUUUGAGUGAUUUCUCAUCCUCAAGCACUGAUUCUAUGUUUGUAACUAGCAGAAAUUGGCUGGGAGAUGAAUAUAGUACUGUUUCAUCACCAGACAAAUUUGAAGAACUCAAUGGGGAUUUCUGGACAGAACCUUAUAUGGCAGGGAAUUCUUAUAUCCAAGAGAAUUUUCAGCAAACUUGGGUUGACCCAGGAAUUCAGUUCCCUCUUUAUCCCUUGUUUCUUGAAGAUUACUUCUGUACUUAUGGAUCAUAUGAAGAAGAUUACAUGUUCAACUAAUUCAGGAUUCAGUGAGGGAAAGAGGAUUUUUAGGGAUACAUCUCUUGGUGGAUUGUCUAAAAUUAGAAAAAAUAGAUUGAAAUUUAGUCUAGCUAGAGAUUUUUAUUAGUGUAAUUAUUGUCUGUCAGGUUAUUUGUUUCUAAAAUUAGAAAUAAAAAUGGAUUGGAAUUUAGUUAA